GGCUUCUCACUACCCUUCCUUCGAACAGGUGAACAGGUGGUGACGUGUUGCUGUUCGUUCUUCUCAACACGCGUGGGAGGAGUUUAACAACUUUCACUUUGGAGAAUUCUGGGAAAGGUAGCUAUGCUCUCGUUAAAGGUGUCUGACCCGUGUUGUAAAUAGAAUAAUACUUGUAUUUAACAAAAGCAGACGUAAUUCUUACUGCACUAAAUUCAGCAAUAUGAUGCACUUUAUGCUGCUCUUCAGCCGGCAGGGCAAGCUGAGGCUGCAGAAAUGGUUCAUUGCCAUUGGAGAAAGGGAGAAGAAGAAGAUCAUAAGGGAGAUGACUCAGAGCGUGCUGGCAAGACAGCCAAAGACAUGCAACUUCAUGGACUGGAAAGACUUGAAAAUUGUAUACAAGAGAUAUGCUAGCUUGUACAUUUGCUGUGGAAUGGAGGAUCAAGACAAUGAGCUUCUGACAAUUGAAAUCAUACAUCGUUACAUUGAACUCCUGGACACAUAUUUUGGGAAUGUAUGCGAGUUGGACAUAAUUUUUAAUUUUGAAAAGGCCUAUUUUAUUCUUGAUGAGUUUCUCAUGGGAGGAGAAGUUCAAGAAACGUCGAAGCUGUCAGUUUCAAAAUGCAUAGAGGAGUCUGAUCUGAUGCAAGAGGUGAGUCCAGGGAUGAAAGAUACAUUACUAAAGACUAUGGAAGAAUACAUGAGUAAACCAGCUUUUUAAAUUCGAGUGCAGAAUUACAGGUGUCUCCUGUAAGAAACAAAGACAAGGCAACUGAUGGACUGAGAAUACAAUGAUGAAUUGAUCUGUACUGGAAACGUGUUCUGAGUUAUCUGUGCCACAGCCAUAAAUUAAGUGUGAUUUUUACUCAUUCUUGCAUUUUUGUAUGUAAACUAUGAUUAUACUUAAAUUAUUUGUUUAUGGAUUAUAUUUGUACAGUUUAAGUAUCACUCAAGGUAGUCAAGGUUCUUCUGUAAAAAUACUUUUUUUUAUGUGUUUUUUGUUUUCUUUGUUUUUAUAACAAAUUAAUUGAUUUAUAUUUCAUAGCCUGUAAUUUUUCACUGCAAUUUUAAUCAUUUUUUAGAUGCUUAGGUAAUUUAAUCCCUAAUUUGGGGGUGGGAAAAAAAAGGUCACUGUAUAAUAAUGAUGUGGUGGAGGCUUCUGUUACACUGUGUUGGGGAAUGCAGUAUUGCCUUUUGUAAAUAGUUUUGACUUCAAGUUCAGCAGGAGGUAACUUUGAAUAAAUAGGACUUUUGUUUUACUGCAUUUAUUUUGAUUACCUUUUUUUUAUAGGCUGCUUCAGUUGACAAUAUGUUUUUAUAUCUGGAACUGUGAGGUUGUGUGUUUCUUAAACUCUUAAGCUGUGAGCUGUAUUUACAGGGUUGCUGGGUAAAAUAAGUUGACUUUGUUACUGUAGAGUAUAUUAAUGUCAUAAAGCUUAUUUUUUCAUAUACUAAA